GAUUUUGGUCGCGAUCGAUGUUUGUUUGCGGAUCGAAACCUCCGCAAUUCAACAGAAAUAAAAUAAAUUGAAAAAUUUCAUAUUUGCAUAGUUGGCGCCAAAUAUAAGAAAAGAAAGUCUAGAAAUAUUUCACAAUUUUUUUUUUAAUGAAACGAAAUCACAAGAAUACCGUGAAUUGUAGUGUUCCGUUGAUGCGAUAUUGUGUGAGCAAAAAAAAGAGUGUGGAUCAUAGCAAUCGAUAAAAAAAAUCCGUUCAAUUUUUAAAACUCGUUAGAUUUUUUUUUGGUUUUUCGUUGUUGGUGCGGAUCCUUUGCAAAAUUAAGCGCAUCUUUUUCUCUCCGAACAUAUAUCGAAUGUAAAACGAAAACGGAUUUGAGCACGGCCGCGAGCGCAUCGGUUUGGUACGAAAAUUUUUCAUCAAAUGGAAAAGCGCAGCUAUUCACUUGUUUGGUAUGAGGAACAGUACAGUACGGUUGUUUUGAGGAGAGAAAUUUAACACACAACCAAAGAAACGAGCGGGCGAGCGAACGAGCGAGCACGCACACGUACAUUGAAGGCAACAGCACCCGCAAUGUAAUUGAAGUGUUAGCAGUCGGCGACGGCGGCGCGUGUUUUUGUAUACGUGUUACUUCUCCAAACGACGAAAUAUAGAGAGAAAAAAAGCAUAUAAAAGAAAAGACAUUGAUACUGAAAGAGAAGAGCAUUUGACACAGCUUUGAAAAAUCACUGAGAAUGACAGUGCCUUCCUCAUAUCUCGACGAGUAAAUUUACACACAUAUCUUUUUGAUAUACACCUUCUUUGGCCAGCCAGCCAACCAGCCAGAUACACACACACACAGAGAGAGAGAGAGUGAGUGAAUGAACGAGCGAGAGAUAGAGUGAGAGACAGAGACUACAAUUCCAUCGGAUACAGCGAUACACAACCAUACAAUACACUCUUACACUAUAUUACUCCGAAUGCUCUCCUCACAUAUGUGAACGCCAGAGAGAGUGAGAGAGAGAGAGAGAGAGAGAGAGAGAGAGAGAGAGAUUUCAUACACGGUGUGUUUUUAUUUUUCUCCUGCUUUUCAUCAUCGUUUCAUCGUUUUCUUCACGAAUGCUACCAUCGCAUGAAAUUGAAAUAACAAUAAUUAUUAUAAUCAUAACAAUAAUAAUAUAAAAAAAGAAGAAAAAAAGCAUAAAGUAUAUGAACUGAACUGAGCAUACUCAAAUAUAUGUAUAUACAUAUGAAAAAGAACUGUUUAAGUGGCAAUCUCCGAACUGGUCUCUCGACACAUAUAUAAACGAACGUUGUCGACCAAAACCAUUCAGUUUACAUUUUUGGUACCUGAUGAUCGUAGUGGACACAAGAGACAAAAAUAUCGAAUGAAAACAUUUCGAAAAGAACGAUACUCAGGCACACACACACACACACACACACACACACAAACAAACAAACACCCACGCAGAAUUCAAUGAGCGGAUUUUCACGACACACCACGAAAAUUACACCGAUUUAUAUUUAUUUUUUUCUGCAAAUUCAGGUGUUCCGCUGCACGUUUUCAAUUAAAUGUUGCCUCUGAAUUUAACCGAAAAAUAAAUAACAAUAAAAUGAUUUUAAAAAAAUGUGUUAGUCGACAAAAAAAAAACUAAACGGUUAAUUUUUUUUUCAGUGAAUAAAUUGCAUUGAAAUUAAUGAAAAAAAACAUUUUUUUCCUGUUCAGUUUUAAAUUGUACAUUGUUGCAAUCGCCUAAUUUGAGUGACAGAUCUGUUGAAAAAACACAAACUUUAAAGUGGACAAUUUGUUUCCCUUUUUUGCUGACAAAACCAAGAAUCCAAUUGAAAAUAAUACAUUAGAGAAAAGAAAAUCAGACCAAUAACCGUAAAAAAAAUGACUCUGUUAACACUAAUUUUAAUGAUCAGUGCCAUUGCAUUGUCAUCAUACAAUUACUUGAAAGUUUUGUACGAAGCCAAACGAAAAAUCAAAAUUGUAACGGUUGAAACGGUAAAGGCGGCCAACGGGGAAAAAUCACUUCAAAAUACCGUUAAUGAGUAUGCGCAGGCGCCUGGUCCACGCUACAUUUUACCCAUCCUUGGGAAUUUGGCUGAGAUGGGAAAACAUGAGGCGCCAGCGGUUGCAUUCACCGAAUUGGCCAAAAAGUAUGGUGACAUCUAUUCAAUGACGCUCGGCACAACACGAUGCCUCGUUGUGAACAACCUAGAUCUGAUUCGCGAAGUUCUUAACUUGAACGGAAAAUAUUUCGGCGCUCGACCCGACUUCAUUCGAUUCCAUGCGCUAUUUGGCGGUGAUCGUGGAAAUUCGUUGGCAUUGUGCGACUGGUCACCAUUACAGCAAAAACGCCGAAAUCUUGCACGUAAACACUGUUCGCCACGUGACACAUCAUCGUAUUAUGCAAAAAUGAGUGAUGUUGGCUGCAACGAGAUGAACUUCUUCAUGAAUAAAAUUGGCGAUUGCGUUAAACCCGGCCAGGAUUUCCAUUUGAAAUCGAUCAUAAAUCAGACGUGUUUCAAUAUGUUCAGUCAAUACAUGUGUACGACACGUUUUGAUUACGAUGACACCGCAUUCCAAGGGAUUGUACGACAUUUUGAUGAGAUUUUCUGGGAAAUAAACCAAGGUUAUGCGGUCGAUUUUCUGCCAUGGCUUGCACCAUUCUACAAAGGACACCUGAAUCGAUUGGCAUCAUGGUCAACAAAUAUCCGAAGUUUCAUUCUCAGUCACAUCAUUGAGCAACGUGAACGUAGUUUAAAUUUGGAAGAACCGGAACGCGAUUUUACCGAUGCAUUGCUAAAAAGUUUGGCACGGGAUCCGGAAGUGGAUCGCAACACAAUCAUUUUCAUGUUGGAAGAUUUUCUUGGCGGUCAUUCGGCUAUUGGUAAUUUGGUUAUGCUCAUUUUGGGCCAUAUCGUUUUGUAUCCGGAAAUUGGUGAACGCGUUCAAAAGGAAGUCGACAGCAUUACGGAGAAUGGUUCGCGCACAGUUACACUGUUCGAUAUUGACAAUAUGCCGUACACGGUGUCAACCAUUUACGAAGUUCUUCGUUAUUCAUCAUCACCCAUCGUUCCACAUGUGGCCACCGAUGAUGUUGCCAUUGCUGGAUAUGGCAUUUCGAAAGGAACAAUUGUCUUUGUUAACAACUAUGAAUUGAAUACUAGCCCACGAUACUGGACACAGCCCGAACAAUUUAAACCAGAACGUUUCCUUGAAUGUGUUCCCAUUCAAAAGACAAGUACAACAGCCGCUCCGGUUGAACCGGUUGUCACAUUCAUGCGCUCAAACUUCGAAUCGGAUUCUGCCUCCGAUUCAGGCGUUGAAUGCGACGAAACCGACGUCACUAAACCAACCAGCAAAGCCAACAGCACAGAUCAUAUCAAAGUGCACAACAACAAAACCAGCAAUCGAAACACCAGCAGCGCAUUGCCAGGAGAGCACAAAGACAAUUUCAAAUUGCGUAUUCGCAAGAAUAUUCCGCAUUUUUUGCCGUUCAGCAUAGGCAAGCGUACUUGCAUCGGCCAGAAUUUAGUGCGAGGUUUUAGUUUCAUUAUGGUAGCAAAUAUUCUGCAAAAAUACAAUGUAAGCAUUAGUGAUAAGAGCCUGAUCAAAAUGUAUACAGGAUGUGUGGCCGUACCGACCGAAACUUAUCCGCUUGCAUUGACACCGCGCACACAUUCCAUUUGAUUUUUUUAGAACGAAAACUAAUUUUCAAAACACAAUAUGCACAAUUUGUUUCAAACAUUUUUGCAAAGAAAAGUGAAUGAGCUUGUACACUAGUAUUCCUAACAUAUUGACGAGAGAAAAAAUAAUAGCAGAAAGUAAUUUAACACGCACAUUUUCAUGUUCUUAUUUAUAUGCAAUUUAAUUUGAAAAUGACUAAUGAACUUUGUGAUUUCGAUUUAAAACAUAUUUAUAAAAUUCAUUUCAUAUGUAUGUGAAACAAAAGAAACUGGCUAGUAUUAGAGAGUGAAAGAAUGAAAUAAAGAAAAUCCGAACGAAAAGUAAUGGCAAAAACAGAAUUUUUUUCCAGUUCGGACUCAUACAGGCAAUAUCAAAUAGACUGUCGAUUUUCUUCAUAACAUUUCACUAUAAAGAAGUAUUUUUUUUUAUCGAUUAAUUUGUAAAUAAAUAAUAGUGUUAAGUAUCACAUAUGAAAAUCCAUUUACAUUAGGGCACUGCAUCAAUUGCAAACAUAUAGGGCACUAGACAUAAAUCAUUGGAACUCAUCAAAAUGAAUUCUUUCAAGAAAGUCUUUUAUUUUUGGCCAAUUCAAUGUUCCAAAUUUAUUCAUAUCGCCAAUACCACCACGAUCGAAACAAUGUCAGCCCAUCUUUCCUAAUCCCAUGCAUAGCAUUUGUAAUAAUUUAUUAUUUUAAUCAAAUUGAUUAUAUAGACACCGUUAGAACUAUUUAUAGACAAACAUAACAACAACAAUAAAAUCUGUCAAAUAGGAAUAAUAACAAAUCAUGAAACAAGAAGUUUUCGCUUCGAAAUAUGUUUAACAUCUACCUUUGUGUUGGGCAACAAAUCAAAACAAAUCAUAUGUCAAUUAUCAAAUAAAACGAAAACUGAUUUUCAUACAGACUCGACACAUACACAACGAUUGUAUACAAAAAACAAAACAAAA